AAAAGAAAAGAAUAUUGGCAUGCAUUCCGAAAUUUAAUUAACAGCUGCAUGUAGACAGGAGACAUUCACGCAUGUGGUAAUUUCUCCGGAAUAUGGUAUGACCCAGUCAACAAUGGUAAAGGGAAAUCAGUAUUAAACAAGAAUUUGAAUAGUCCUGGACUCCUGAUCUCCUAUAAAUUUGAGAUACAACUCUAUUCUAUCUGCACAACGUCUGCUUCUUCUAGGUCUUGUCUUUUCUCUUCUUUAUUCCAAGUCUGCAUCAUGAACAUGAAUAAGGAAGACCGUGAUGAACUAAAGAAGAGAAAGAACAAUAGCCAUAGCCGUAGCCCAGAUUUGAGAAACAACAAUAGCCCAGAUCAAUACAUACUCACAACCGAGCUUCAACAAGAGCACGACGAAGAAGAUGAUGAUUUGAAGCUUGCUCUUACUCUUUUUUAUCGUCCUCCCAAGCGUUCUGUGCCGGUAGAUCAGCCACUUCCUCCGCCGCCGACAUCUCCCCCUCCGCCACUGACUCAAUCAAUAUCACUUCAAGUACCCCACCAUCUAUACGCGGUGCCAAUAGUACCAUUCGUGCCGGAAUCCUCGAGUUCAAGUACCCCCCUGAUUAUGUGCGGUCCAGAAGGCGGCCCCUCUCGCCCCAUACGCGCUCGUCGAAACCAGUCACGGGUGCUGCGCGAGGGAAAGUCCGACACCGUCAUAGCUCCGUUCCCGUGGGCCACAACACGUCGAGCCACGGUCUACAGUCUCGAAUGCCUGCUGUCCAAGCAAAUCGAUACCAUUACGGGCUUCGUCCAAUGCAAGCGGUGCGAGCGUCAGUACGAGAUGGGGUAUAAUCUGGAGAAAACGUUUAACGAAGUUGGGCAUUAUAUCGCGGAGAACAAGAACAGCAUGCAUGACAGGGCGCCGAGCAAAUGGAUGAAUCCGGUUCUUCCAAAGUGCGAGUUCUGCGGUCAAGAAAACAGCGCGAAGCCGAUUAUCUCGCAGAAGAAGAAGGCGAUAAACUGGCUGUUUUUGCUUCUGGGACAAAUGCUUGGUUGCUGCACGCUUGAGCAAUUGAAGUAUUUCUGCAAGCACACCAAGAAUCACAGGACGGGUGCUAAGGAUCGAGUUCUUUAUCUCACUUAUCUUGGAUUAUGUAAACAACUCGAUCUUAGUGGACCUUUUGAUCGAUAAAGAUCAUCAUCUUGGCCUGUUCUUUGAAGUUAUUUUCCUAUGUUAAUUUCGUUUCUUUCUGCCGGGCUUUUGAUGAUCAUCUCUGGAUGCAGAUCUAUCUAGUUGCUUUGUCUUUUCAAUUUGGCUCGUAAUCCGGCCUCCAAUUAGUUUAUAAUCUUCCAUAAUGGAAUUAUUCUAAUCAUG